UGAAGCGCUCAACGGCACCGUUUUGCACUUUUCAAUUUGCAUUCUUCCUCCGGAGAAUUAGGGUUUUAACCGACUGUCACUCUCUCUUUCCCUCGCUCCGUUGCUCGCAGAGUGGUUUUAGUUGAUUGAUUGCAUAACAUUUCAGGUAUGCUCUUCAAAACCAAAGCUUUAUUGUUUUACUUACAAAACCUUCGCACGAACCCUAACUUCACUCGCCAAAUCAGACCCAUUUCAAGCCUGAAAGUUGUGUGGCGAAAAGACCAGAAACUAGACCAAGCCAUAGAGGAUGACAAACAAUACAAGCUCUGUUCCCGGGUCGUGAAGGAAGUCCUGAACGAACCGGGUCAAGUCAUCCCGCUUCUUUACCUCGAAAAACGUCGCGAAAGACUACGCCUUAUAGUCAGAAUCAAGGCCUUUCUAAAUCGAUACCCGGGUCUCUUUGACUCUUACUAUGAUCGAAUUAAACCCAAAACCAACCAGGUUUUGUUUUUGCGUCCCAGUGAGAAGCUUAGAGAUUUCCUUGAAGAGGAAAGAAAAAUAUGUGUUCAAAAUGAGGGGUUGAUUGUGGCUAAGUUGUGUAAAUUGUUGAUGAUGUCUAAGGAUAAAGUAAUUAGUAUUGAUAAAUUGGUUCAUGUGAAGAGAGAAUUCGGGUUUCCAAAUGAUUUUUUGGUUAAUUUAGUGCCUAAAUAUCCUAAUUAUUUUAAGUUAGUUGGGUGUCCUGGAGAGGGAAAAUCGUUCUUAGAGUUGGAAUCUUGGAAUCCCGAGUUCGCGAAAUCUGUUAUUCAGCUCAGAGCUGAAGAGGAAGCUAAAGUAACUGGGAUUCGUGUUAGACCUAACUUCAAUGUGAAGUUACCUUCAGGGUUUUACUUGAGGAAGGAAAUGAGAGAGUGGACUAGAGAUUGGUUGGAGCUGGAUUAUAUAUCUCCAUACGAGGAUGUAUCGAGUUUACCACAAUCUUCAAGAGAAAUGGAGAAAAGAACAGUUGGGGUUUUUCAUGAGUUGUUGUCUCUAUCGAUUUUCAAGAGAGUUCCUGUGCCUAUAUUGGGGAAAUUUAAUGAUGAGUAUAGGUUUCCCAAUGCAUUUUCAACUGUGUUCACUAGGCAUUCAGGAAUCUUUUAUAUGUCUUUGAAAGGUGGCAUUAAGACUGCAGUGCUGAGGGAGGCGUAUAAGGAUAGCGAGUUGAUUGAUAGGGAUCCGUUACUUGAGAUUAAAGAUAAGUUUGUUGAGUUGUUGGAGGAAGGAAGGCAGGAGAGAGCUGAACAGUUGAAGGUGCAGAGAGAGGAGCUUAAGAAGGAGAUAGAGAUGACGGCCUUGAGAAAUGAGGAGGAGGAAUUGUAUGAGCAUGGGUGCAAUGAGCAGAUGUGAAUCUGAAAGUUUAUAGGGAAUAUGAUGGGAAAGUUUCACAAUGUAAAACCUCAUAACAGGUUUUGAUAUUGAGCACGUCAUCAGGAGACAAAAGUAUUGUUUGUUGAAUUUUUUAAGUGCCUGCUGAAGUUUUAAACGUAUAAAGGAUCUCUUGGAUCCCCUUUUGCUAUUGUUCACAGUUUGGUUUGUCUCACCUGCAGUUAUGAGCCAGUAGUUGAGGCCAAAACCUUUUCAAUGUAUGCCAAAUGUUGGACCUUGGAGAGGAAAUCGUUUGGUUUAAUCGAUAAUGAAUAACGGUUUGGUUUCUUCUAUCAGAUUAUUA